UAUGUUUUGUGCAGGUAAUAACAUGCAGCUGUCACUGGAGGUAGUUUCCUAACUUCCUAACAAGUACGGAAUAAAGCAGCACCCAGUUAGUGUUUAUAAGUUUUGAAUCGAAAUUAUCAAAAUUGUUUUACCUUAAUCAUGGAUACAGAAGGCAAAUCGAUCCCUAGUGAUGAUCCAAACGGCUACUGUCGGCUCUGUUUUUCCGAUCGUAACUUGGUUUCUCUUUUUGGGUACGAUGCCCAACACCGUCAGCAAUGGUUGGAUGAAAUUUCAAACUGCACGGGAGUCAAAAUUGAAGCAAAUGAAAAUCGACCCAGUUCCAUUUGCUGGAGGUGUGCUGUGGCCGUGGAGGACUUUCAAUUAUUCCGGAAACGGUGCUUGGCGAACGACGCCAUUAUCCAAAGCAAAUAUUCCAACACCGUCGUCAAACAUGGAAAUGUUGAGUGGCUCAUCUCAAUACCAGUAUCUGAGCAUACAGCAGAUUUGAUCUCUGAUGAGAACGAUUCCUUGUUGGAACCCAUGAUCAAACCGCAAUCAAGCUCAGAAAGUAAUCAUGAGGAACUUACUUCCGAAAAGAUAAAUGGCUUGAAUGCGGAUGACUCACAAAUCGCCAGGUCUGUCUCAUGCCACUUGUGUAGAAAUGAAUUUGGCACACGGCAAUCAUUGUAUGUUCAUUUUAAAGAGCAACAUUCCGAGCAUGGUCGACCUUUUAAGUGUGAUUUGUGCCAAGCAACCUUUAAGCGGAAGAGCCAUUUAGACGAUCAUGUGUCUUCACAUACUGGUGAGGUCCGAUAUGCCUGUAAAUUUUGUGGGGAAAAAUUUCUCAGGGCUAAACCACUGAUGCGUCAUCGCAAGAAUUGCCAUAAAGAGUUCCCUUUGAAAAUCAAACCAUCCAAAAGUCAGCCAGCUCAGUCAGAAGGUCAGUUUAAAUGCAACUACUGUCCAAAAUCAUUCAAGCACAGGCCAUCACUGAAUUUCCACGUCAAAUCGCAUUAUGAUUUGCUACCUUUUGUCUGCGAGCAAUGCGAUGCUCGUUUCGUCAGCAAUAAUGGGCUACUAAUACACCGAGGUAAGCACCAUCCAGAUACAGUAAAUGCUUUCAGGACAGUGUCACCAGCAUCACUGGAGCCGAUAAAGAGAGUCAAGUGUACGCUGUGUACUCGGAACUUUGGAGAGCAACGUUAUUUGCUACAGCACAUGAGGUUCAUGCAUCCCAAAGAAUCUGAAGGGCAGAAUAACCAGGAAGCAGAGAGCGGGAUGGCGGUUGAGGAUCCAAUUGAAAAGCAGACUGAUGUGAAUACUGAACCGGAAGCUGUGACGAUAAAGUUUGAAGUUGAGGACAACGAUGACGAAGUGGGCUAUUCCUAAUAAUGAUGUGGUUGAAAUAAAACAAACGUGUAAGAAUCUUUUAGAAAACGAAUAACGUGAUAAUAAAGGCUAAAAUGAACUGA